AUGGAGUUGUCGGUCGUCACAGGCUGUCUGGCAGGAGCAAUCUCGCAAGAUCCAGAAGAUGUCAUUCAGGGGGGCGAUGUUCUUAAUAAGCAAGCUUCAGCCUCUAUGGAGGGUUUUCUGCAAGCCAAUGCUCCUCCCGAAACCGAGGUGCUGGGGGGUCCAUGUGAGGAAAGUUCAUGGAUCCGUCCACCUGUGGAUUUUCUGAAAUGUAAUUGGGAUGCAUCUAUCGAUGGACGGUCCAAGAAGAUGGGAAUGGGGCUAGUGUUUCGUGAUUCUUCAGGAGGCUUCAGGGCGGCAGCUAUUUCUAAUAUUCCGUAUAUCACUGACCCAGAGAUAGCAGAAUCUAUUGCUGCACGGUGGGUUGUGUCCAUGUGCGCAAAACUGGGUUUUCAGUCGGUGGUAUUUGAAAGGGAUGCUCUAGUUGUAGUGAACUCUCUUCUUUCUCCAUCUCCAUGCUGGAGAAUUUGUGGUGGUAUUGUGGAGGACACUAGAAGAAUGUUGCAUCAGUUUAACUCCUGGACAGUGAAGCAUGCAAGGAGGUCGGCUAAUCAAGUGGCAUAUUUUCUAGCCAAGCAUGCUUUGUCUUUAGUUCAAGAUAUUGUUUGGAGGGGGGAGUGUCCAUCUUUCCUCUAG